AUGCAAAUUAAAUUAAAGGUUGCUGAACAGCACAUCCAUGGGAUGUAUUCAGAAAAUUUUCCAACGCUUAAACAAGUUAAGAAUCGUAGAACACAAACAGUUAAAUAUCAAUGCAUCAACUACCACCGACAGAGAAAGAUGUCAAUCUACUUCAACAAUUCACAAUGACAACUAAAACUGAUCAACAACGGAAAUAAAAACACGUCACUGUUAACCAAAGACCUUACUGGUGUCCUAUAUUGUUGUUAGUAUAGUAAAGCUGUAUCAAUAAUGAAAGAAGAGGCGGGGAGCGGGCUACUCACAGUAUUUGGAUUUUGAAUUGAGGAAAAUAAAUCUGAGAGAAGAAAAGAGUGAUAGAAAAGUGAAAAAGUAUUUUGGGGAAAAGUGGGAAUUGGCUGUCCUUAAAUAUUUUUCAAAGCCAAGACCACAAACAACAGAGGUGACCACAAACAAAAGAAAUAUUAGUAUGGGGUACUACCCUGUUACCAUGCAUAAUUACAGUGUAUGGGGUGCACAAUUUGCACCCCCCCCUAAUAUGCGCAGUAAGUUUAUUGCAGCCGUACCAGAAGCUUCCACCUUCCCCCCUUCAAUGUUAUUGGAAUUAGUACAGCGAAAGAGUUGAUACUAUCAACCACAUUUUUUAUAGACACUCAACAUACUUUUUAUAGUACCAG